CGGGCGGGAAGCUCGGGACGCGGGCGCACACGGAGCCGGGAGCCGGGCGAGCGCCGCCCUGAAGGGAAGUCGGAAGGGUCCGCGCGCCUCCGGAGCUGGAGGAAGUGGCCCUGGGCCCAGGGCCAGCCCGGUGGGCGGAGGGAGGGUCCCGAGCCCAGGCCGGAGGGUCUGGGUCGCCGCCGCCACCGCCGCCAGGAGCAGCAGCUGUGCCCUGACUCCCGGAGGCGCCAGAGGAGAAGGAGGAGGAGGAGCCCCGGCUGAACGGUGGCAGCUGGAGGAGGAGCCGCACAGCUGUCCCGUGUGUCGCCGAGCCGCACUGGGAUGACCCACUGACCGCGCCAUGCAGCCUUGACGGAGGGCUCCGGAGCGCAGGGACCAGCCGGGGGCGCGCCCACCCUAGAAGGGACCCGGGGCGCAGGCUCCAGGACUUUACGCCGACGCUCUAGCCCAGCUGGAGCGCAGCCAUUUACCAUGGAGCCCGUGACCAAGUGGAGCCCCAAACAAGUGGUGGACUGGACUAGAGGGUUGGAUGACUGUCUGCAGCAGUACGUCCACAAGUUCGAGCGGGAGAAGAUCAACGGGGAGCAGCUGCUGCAGAUUUCUCACCAGGACCUCGAGGAGCUGGGUGUCACACGCAUCGGACACCAGGAGCUCGUGCUGGAGGCCGUCGACCUUCUCUGUGCACUGAAUUAUGGUCUUGAGACAGAUAAUAUGAAGAACUUGGUUCUGAAACUUCGAGCUGCUUCUCACAAUUUACAGAAUUACGUAAGUAGCCGUCGGAAAAGUCCAGCUUAUGAUGGGAACACCUCAUGCAAGCCUCCCAAUGAGUUUCUGACCUCUGUGGUGGAGCUGAUCGGCGCUGCAAAGGCCUUGCUAGCUUGGCUGGAUCGGGCUCCAUUUACAGGCAUCACUGAUUUCUCUGUAACGAAGAAUAAAAUCAUUCAGCUUUGCUUGGAUCUGACUACCACAGUCCAGAAGGAUUGCCUGGUAGCAGAAAUGGAGGAUAAAGUUUUAAGCAUUGUCAAGGUUUUAAAUGGCAUCUGUGACAAAACAAUCCGAUCGACCACGGAUCCUCUCAUGAGCCAGUGUGCAUGUCUGGAGGAAGUCCAUUUGCCAAACAUUAAACCCGGAGAAGGCCUGGGCAUGUACAUCAAGUCAACCUAUGAUGGAUUGCAUGUAAUUACUGGAACCACAGAAAAUUCUCCUGCAGACAGGUCGCAGAAGAUUCAUGCUGGUGACGAAGUCAUUCAGGUUAAUCAGCAAACUGUGGUGGGAUGGCAGCUAAAAAAUUUGGUGAGAAAAUUGAGAGAGAAUCCCACGGAAGUUGUAUUACUGCUUAAGAAGCGCCCCACGGGUUCCUUCCACUUCACUCCUGCUCCCCUGAAAAACCUACGGUGGAAGCCGCCUCUGGUGCAGACCUCUCCUCCGCCCACAACAAGCCAGUCCCCUGAAAGCAUGACGGAUGCCUCACUGAAGAAGGAGAAGCCGGCCAUCCUAGACCUUUAUAUCCCUCCGCCGCCAGCCGUACCCUAUUCCCCGCGGGAUGAGAAGGGGAGCUUCGCUCACGGAGGAUUCAGUAAGUGCAAACAGCCCUUGCCUGGCCCUAAGGGCUCAGAGUCCCCCAACUCCUUCUUGGACCAGGAGAGCCGAAGACGAAGAUUUACCAUUGCCGAUUCCGAUCAGUUGCCUGGGUAUUCGGCGGAAACCAGUAUUCUGCCCACAAAAAUGAGAGAGAAAACACCUUCUUAUGGCAAGCCCCGGCCUUUGUCCAUGCCUGCAGACGGGAGCUGGAUGGGAAUUGUGGACCCUUUUGCUAGACCUCGAGGCCAUGGGAGGAAAGGUGAGGAUGCCCUCUGUCGAUACUUCAGCAACGAGCGGAUCCCUCCUAUUGUUGAAGAAAGCGCCUCCUCACCCUACCGUUUCUCCAGACCCUCCACGGAGAGGCAUCUCAUCCGAGGUGCAGACUACAUCCGAGGGAGCCGGUGCUACAUCAAUUCAGACCUCCACAGCAGCUCCACGAUUCCAUUCCAGGAGGAAGGGACCAAAAAGAAAUCUGUCCCCUCAUCCGCAAAGUCAUCCUCCACAGAACCAUCCCUACUGGUCAGCUGGUUUACUCGCCUUAAACUAUUGACUCACUGAGAGCACCCACCUCUGGACUCCUCCCUGUCUCCUGCUGCCAAGUGCCUUGGUUCCUCAGCUGACCCCUUGUUCCUAAUUUCACCCACAGUAUUAUGUAGUGACCUUAUGUGAUUUCAUUUUUUUUUGGAAAGUUGUAUACUGCCCUUCUCAGAAUUUUAAAGUGAUUGGAUGGGAACAAACACAGAGAGGAUCUUGGGUGCUGGCUUGUAGAGGCAAAAGGAAGGAAACAAUAGAACCUGCUUUUCUUGCUUCACCAGAGUUGGAACAUUGUGACCCUCCAUAUGGCAGCGUGGAGCUUUGGCCAGGACGCUUGUGGUCAUUAUGAGGAAUUGGUGGCAUUGUUCAUUUUUUGGUGGGGGAGGGGGUGGGAAGGGGCUAAAACUGCUGGACCACGGUUACACAGAUGUAUUGGUUCGUGGUCCAGUUUCUUUACCUGAAAAGCCAGUGGAGACAACACUUGUGUUUUGAUAUUUCAAGCUAUAUGCCAUAUUUGUAACUAGCAGCAUUGAAAUCACCAAUGGGACGUGUCCGAUGCUCUUUCAAAGCAGAGAUUGAAACGUAGGUCUGUUACACUCGGCGAAUCUCCUUUUCAUAAUAAAACUCAAUAUAAAAAAAUACAGAAACAGGGAUGCAUCUAGAUACGGCUUACUAGACAAAAAGAAGUUUGUGGUUACUUGUGAGGGGUGUUGUUGUAUAUUAUUGUCUUUAAGGGGGAAAAGCUGUAAGAUUUGCUGACAGCCAAAGCACCGUUCAGAAAAACUAAGUGAAAAUACUUGGGCUUAUGAGAGACAUAUCAGUUUGCAUUUUGACGUGUUCAACGUCUAUCUUCCAGAAAAAAAGCAUACGGUUCUUCAAAGUUGUAUACUUUUUGCUAAUUAGAAAGAUCUUGGAAGAUCUUACGGUCACUAGUUUUCAACUAGCGUCAGAUAUUUUGGAAAAGUGUGUCUGGAUAUUAAUUCUUGUUUAAACUGAAUGUAUGAUAUUUUGUUAGAAUGGAGACGUACUAUCUUGUUAAUUUAAGUGUUUUAAAUAUAGUUGUAUAUUUUUCUUACUCUUAGUCACAUGUACUUUGAAAAUAUUUCUGUUUUGCGUCACACAUGGAACUAAUGACAAAGAGCGUUCAAGGUGUUUCCAGGUUUCCAAGUGACCACUAUGGUGUUGCCACCAUGGGAGCGAUUGUUAAAAACAAACAAGAAACCCUCCUAAGCAUUUUGGAAUUUUAUGGAUUAGAAGUGGAGGAGCUGAAGAAUUAAUUAGGAAAAUUUACUGAGGUACAGUCCUAGGGCAGAGAUCCUGUCCCCUACCCAAACAUACCCUAUCCCAUACCACUAGAGUUGUCUACUUUGUUUUACUCUCUGAAAUUCAACCAAUCAGAGAUUUGCUGGUUUUAGUAAACAUCUUCCCUUUAAAAUGGAUCUGGUGGGGUUAAAGGAACUAGCAACCACUCACAUGUUAGUAUAACUGAAUUCAGUCAGAUUACUUUCCUGUCAGCCUCUAAAUGAACUGCAGUGAAGAUAUGGGUGGUUCGUGGGGGAUCAAAGGGAGAUUGGCAAAAAUAGAAGAGGCCUGAAGUGUGUGAUUCCUAGGGUGCUGAACACAAGAUAAGGGCAGAGAGUGGUGGGGGGAGGUCAGGAAUAGGCACUGGUGACUAAGAUGGAGCUAGAAGGGGAAGAAAGCCAGCCCUUGCCCAUUUCUGUGUUAGCUUGAGCAGGAUUUAUGGGGAAAGAGGGUGACAGCUCUUCUCUCACACCUGGAUUUAGAGGAGGAUUUGUCGUGCUGCAGUUCAGCUGCAUAAUGAAUUAAAUUGUGACGGAGGUCUCUCUCAGCUGAGGUUAGCCACUUUCUGUGGGGAAAAUGACACUCAUUAAUCAAAUGAGCAACUUCGAAAUGGAUCUUCAGAAGUCAGUCUUAACGACAGGCAGUGCCCAUCUUAAAUUAACUGUACCAGAUUGAUGUCUUUCAGACACUAUUCCGUGAAGCCCUGGGGGAAGGCCACAGAGCUUUCCGGGCCCUUUCCUUCAGUCAGCCCUUGCUGCUUUAUCUUUAUUUCAGAUUUUCUUUUGAAUUGUAUUUGAAAAAUAUAUUGCUGCUUAAAAAAUGGGAAACUCUACUAUUGAGAUAGCUCAAUACUAAUAACUAAUAAUUAUACAGUAGCUUAAUACUGAUUCCUCAGAAAUUAAUAGUAACCUCUUGCCUCAAUCCAGGCUUAAUGGUGCACAAGCAUUAACAUAUGAAGAUGCAGGAUGGCACUUUUUGGCUUGGUACUUUUAAAACAGUGGGUUUUUAACACUCCCAAACCAAACCCAACACCCAUCCCUUUUUAUAAUAAUUUACAUCACUUCACCUCAAAUGAAAAGUGUGAAUUAUAAAACCGACCUUCAUCCAUGAACGCAUCACCCAUUUACUUUUCUGAAAUGAAAUAAAUGUCACUGGGAUAUACACAUACGCAUCAAUGUGAUGUCCCAACCGUGGUAUAAACAAACGUCAGUGUAUAAAUAUUUGAUAAUGGAAUAAUUAUUUCAAUAUGUAAAUAUGCUAGCAUGAUUAUAUUACAAGAUACAAGGAAUAAUGAACAAGACACAUACUUGUACCAGUAUGUAAAAUUACCAUGAAUGUGGAAGCUAC